CUGCAGGCCCAGAGUCUCCGAACCACAACUCCCGUCAUCCACCAGGAGGGCCAGUAGGUGGGAAGAGCCCCCGAGAGCUCAGUCCAGGGUUCCAUGCUCCCCAUUGACAGUAGCGGCAGGAAGCAGACGGGCACUCCUGGGGCGCCAAGGCCUCUUAUUGUCGGAGGGAAGAGCACUGGACACUUCCCCACGUAACUCCCAUCUCUGGGCCCCGAGUCUGUGCAUGGCGAAGUCCCCGGAGAACUCUAACCUGGAAGAGAUUCUGGGGCAUUAUCGACGGAGUCUCCGGGAACGUGCACAUAGAAGCCUUCACCAGCUGAAAAGUGCCCUGAAAGAAGGUGAUGUCACUGUUGGGGACGAUGCACUGGAUCCUUCUUUUAGCGCCAGUGGAGGAAACGAGGACGCUGCAGCCGCCUGGCAUGAGCUGCAACACAGCCAUGCUGUUAAUCAGCUCAAAGCUUUGUUGCACCAACAAGCAUCGAAGGAAAGUGAGGUAUCUCCAUCAAGAAGACGUAAAAUGUCCCCUUUGGGGUCAUCAGAAUAUGAGGAAACCAAUAUGCCUACUGUACAUAAUCUUGUCCCUAUUAUCAAUGACCAGUCUCAGUACAUUCAUCAUUUAGAGGCAGAAGUCAAGUUCUGCAAGGAAGAACUCUCUGGAAUGAAAAAUAGGAUACAAGUAGUUGUGCUUGACAAUGAACGGCUUCUACAAGAGUUGAAAUCUCAAAGACAAGAGGAAACAAUGAGGGAACAAACACUUCUGGAUGCAUCUGGAAACAGACAGAAUUCCUGGAUUACAACAGGUGAAGUUUCCAGAGGGGAGGAAGCUGCCAUGAGCUGCUUUUCCCAUGGCAAUGCAGAUAUUCUCAAAGCCGCAUCUGCUGGUGAGGCUGAGAGAUGGAAGCUAGAACUGGAAAGGCUAAAACUUACUUAUGGGGAAAAGAGUGAGAUCCUGGAAUCUCAAGUGAAGUCCUUGAGGAAAGAAUUAGCUGAAUAUCAGAAAAAUUGUGAAGAUCUUAAAGAGCGACUCAGGCACAAAGAGUCACUUCUUGCCACGAAUAUUUCUAACCGCGUUGGUGGUCUUUGUUUGAAAUGUGCUCAGCAUGAAGCUGUUCUUUCCCAAACCCACAGUAACGUUCACAUACAGACCAUCGAGAGACUGACUAAGGAGAGAGAUGACCUGAUGUCGGCGCUGGUCUCGGCGCGGGGCGGCCUGGCGGACGCGCGGCACAGGGAGGCGAGCGCCUGCGAGCAGGUGAAGCAGGCGGUGCGCGUGGCCGAGGAAGCCAACUUCGAGAAAACCAAGGCCUUAAUCCAGUGUGAACAGUUUAAGAGUGAACUGGAGAGGCAGACAGAACGACUUCACAAAGAACUCGCCUCUCAGCAAGAGAAAAGGGCCUUGGAGAAAGAGAUGAUGAAAAAAGAAAUAACCAAAGAGAGGGAGGACAUGGGCUCAAAGAUGUUGACCCUGUCUCAGAAUAUCGCCCAGCUGGAGGCCGAAGUGGACAAAGUUACAAGAGAGAAGGUUUCAGCUGUCAAUCAACUAGAGGAAAUUCAAAGCCAGCUUAGUUCUCGGGAAAUGGAUGUCACAAAGGUGUGUGGGGAAAUGCGCUAUCAAUUGAAUAAAACCAAAAUGGAGAAGGAUGAGGCAGAAAAGGAGCACAGAGAGUACAGAACAAAAACUAAGAGGGAUCUUGAAAUUAAAGAUCAGGAAGUAGAAAAAUUGACAUUAGAACUGAGUGAAAGCAAGCAGCUCUUGGACCAGGAGCAGCAGAAGGCAGCCUGGGCCAGAGAGGAGUGCCUGAAACUGACAGAGCUGCUGGGCGAAUCCGAGCACCAACUGCACCUCACCAGACUGGAAAAAGAGAGCAUUCAGCAGAGCUUUAGCAACAAAGCAAAGGCCCAAGCCCUUCAGGCCCAGCAGAGAGAGCAGGAGCUGACACAGAAGAUACAGCAAAUGGAGGCCCAGCAUGACGAAACUGAAAAUGAACAGUAUUCAUUGCUGACCUCCCAGAAUACAUUUUUGACAAAAUUAAAGGAAGAGUGCUGUACGUUAGCCAAGAAACUGGAACAAAUCUCUCAAAAAAGCAGAUCUGAAAUAGCUCAGCUCAGUCAAGAAAAAAGGUAUACAUAUGACAAACUGAAAAAGUUACAGAAAAGAAAUGUUGAAUUGGAGGAACAGUGUGUCCAACAUGGGAGACUACACGAGCAAAUGAAGCAAAGUUACCCAGCAUGCCACAAUCCGAUUGCUGACCUGGAUGAAACAGAGUGGAAUGAUUUACAGAGAUAUUUACAUUCAUCUGAUUUGUACGUGACGUGCCACAAGGUCCCGCGACCCUCCGGGGGCCGCCGCCUGACCGCGGCGUGCCGUGCGUCACCGCCCCCUGCUCUGAGCGGCCCCUGCAUGGUGGCGCCUGGGCCUGGUGUGGACUUUCAGAAAUGGCUCCACGUCAUUCUGUUUUUAGAUCUGCUCACUCGUAUGCUGUUACACAUAUGAAUUUCAAUAAAUGAACUUUAUUUAAAGA